AUGUCGGCAGCGGACGUGCAAAAAUGUCUGAAGACAAAACCUUGGAAGUUCCACCACAAAGUGGAGUUACACAGCAAAUGGACACCGGACAGGGCCGUGGCCGCCCAGGAGUUUUACGGGCUGGCAGACGACAUGCCUUUAUGGUCAGUUUGUCCAGUACAUUGUGGAAAUGAACAUUUUCGUGUUUUAUAUCACGUUCAAAAUUUCCAGAAGAUGAUGGAAUUCUACAGAUGUGUAACCGAUAUGGAAAUAGAAAGCAGCAAACCAGGAUUCUGUAUAUUUCAGUUGUAUUCACAACCUGGGUUGGACAUUCAGCUUGCCUUAAAACAGUCAAAAAACAUUCGACCCUACCCCGUGCAUAACGCUUGCCUUACGUUCCAGAUAAAACACAUUGAUUCUCUGAGGGCAUUUCUGGACUGUGAAGUUACGGAGAUCAGUGACCGAACUUUCCUGGUACAGGAUCCUGAUGGGAAUUAUGUGAUGCUACAGGAGGAGUUAAGCAGUGGUGUUACAACAGAGUACGAAUCUCUGGAUAUAUUUCAAACGCGAGAUUCGCACUCAGGAUCUAAGUUCGAUUCCAAUGGAUAUUCGAAAAGCCUGCGGAGUUCCUCGGACAGUCAGGAUUCGGGAAGGUGUUCUGAUAGUGAUAUUUGGUCCAGUGAAGUGGAACAGAUCAAAAGCAACAACAAAAACGGUAAUAAAAAUUCAGUUAAUCAAGGUAAUAGGUACUCCGCGCCAGGACAGUGCGGCGGCGACGUCAUAGGAUGUUACCCGGGGUAUGUAGUACCCGACAACUAUCGCCAGUGGGAGAGGCAAAGUCAAUUAACUUUCGACACAGUCCAGAGACAUAAUACUGAGUCGGUGCGAGGAGUGGAAGCCCCAGUUUUCAUAUGA